UACUCUGAUAAGGUGUUUAUAUUUUUCUCGGGGAAGAAGACACAUUCAACAAAGAUGUUUUAUGCACUAGGAGCACUACUUCUGGCUAAUUUAGCCUCUGCACAAGUUUUUCAAAUCGAGAUUGCGAACACCACAGUGGAGUAUGGGUCAACAGAUAUCAGCAUUUCUUGUGUGGUGACGAACGGAUCUACGCUUGGUACAGUGUUCGCCAUCUCCCUUAAAAAGUCCGAUGCUUCAGCUGUAUCCAUAACCACAUCAUCCAACGAAGGCAUUUCAUGGCAAGACACGUCCUUGAAGAACCGUAAUGGCGUCACAGCCAAUGGAUCCUUAAGUGACGUCAGCAAGGCGCACCUUCAUCUUUACAUUCCGAGUUCCUCGGUCGUUUACCCUGAAGAUGAAGGUACUUACCAGUGCACCAUGUCAGGGUUAGAUCUGAUGAAUACACCGGUAACCGAAGAUUCGGAGUCAGUGUUUCUUAAUAUUACAGGAUAUAUUGAUACCACUAAAGCUCCUGAUUUGUCGACAAUAACAGUUCCAAGCUCAACAAACCCAGGUUGUGAGCUGUCCAGGGGAAGUAUACUGCUGAUAAUUCUGACUAUUCUUGGAUGUACAGUGAUGCGAAGAUUUGGAGUUAAAAGAUAAAAAAUGAAAUGAGAUCCAAAACACAUCAAAUUUAACCCAUUUCAUUUUAUUUUUCAUAGCCCCUUAAUUACAAAUGCAACUAUGAUAUACCGUUUGUACAGAUUAUGUUAUAUUAUAAUCUCUUGAGUAAUUCAUGUAUAUAGAUUUGGUUUUGAUUGAUAAAUCUCUGAUUAAAAUUUAUUUUACAUAUACAUCAAGUUUGUCUAAUGCAUAUGAACACGAAUAUUUAGUUUUUAAAGACAUCGAUAAGUUGAUUUUUUGUGACGA